CAUAUACAGUGCUCCCAUUGGUAGGAUUUAGGUAUGAGGAGGCACCCAUAAAUAACGUACUCUGACUUUUUAUAAAGAGACAUUCAUCAUCAAGAGACUGACUGCUGCCUGGUGCAUCACUGAACCCUUAUCCCUCCUUAUUUUAAAAGACUUUGUGAGGAAAAUUCCACAGCUACAGUAUGAACCUCAACAUUCCAAAUCAGCCUGGACAGACUCCUUGUGGUAACAUAACUUUCAUACAUUACCCAUCUCCACAGCCAAACCAGCUGGGGUAUGGUGACACAGAAUCAUAUUCAGGAGGGCCAGGCAAUCCUCCCAUGGUCACAGGAUCAUAUCAUGGAGGGUCAUGCAAUCCUCCCAUGGUCACAGGCUCAUAUCAAGGAGGGCCAUGCAAUCCUCCCAUGGUCACGGGAUCAUACCAAGGAGGGCCAUGCAAUCCUCCCAUAGUCACAGGAUCAUAUCAAGGAGGGCCAGGCAAUCCUCCCAUGGUCACGGGAUCAUAUCAAGGAGGGCCAUGCAAUCCACCCAUAGUCACAGGAUCAUAUCAAGGAGGGCCAGGCAAUCCUCCCAUGGUCACGGGAUCAUAUCAAGGAGGGCCAUGCAAUAAACCCAUAGUCACAGGAUCAUAUCAAGGUGGGCCAUGCAAUCCUCCCAUGGGCCCAGGAUGUGGGCCUGGGUAUGGUCCUCGGCCUGGUCAUGGUUGUGGGAAAGGUCAUGGUCAUGGGCACGGUCAUGGGCAUGGUCAUGGCAAACAUGGGAAGAAACAUGGAAAGGGUGGCAAGCAUUCUGGGAGCAGCUCUGACUCCGAUUAGAGAAAGAAGAUGUUUCAUAGGCAAAUCCCAAGUAGCCUAUGAAAAAUGAUUAGCUAUAUAAGUAAUACAUUGUAUGGUAAAUAAAAGGUUUUACAUUA